CACUCCUUGAGCAAGGCUUCGUCGGUGGUCUUGAAUCCCUAAGGGACAACGGCCGACACAUGAUAUUGUUAGGUGCGGUCAACUGCCACGUCUGCUAUACGUCACUUUUUGUUCGCCAAUGAAUGUAAUACUAUCAACUAGUCACAGCCCGCAAGCUCGCGUGUCAUCUCUUGCAUAUGCGCGUAGAGUCAGCGAACGCCGACGCACAAAAACGCGAACGGCUGCAGCCGAUCCCAGCAGCGGAGCGCUGGCCAUCGCUGGUUCGCUUGGCAUCGUGGGCGGUACUGCCUUAGCCGCCCUGUACGUUCUCGAGCGCCAAAGCAGGGAGGAGCUCCAGCGUAAACUAGUGCGCCUCGAGCAAGCACUGCAGGAGCGAGAACAGCAGAUCGCAACGCAACAAGAAGAGGUGAAACGAGCACAGGAGUAUGCCCGGGAAAAUGACAUGUUCCGCACCCGGUACGCGGAUGCGGCCCGUGACAUAUUCAAGUUGGAGAAGGCCCUAGAGCUCAAGGAUGGGCAGCUGGAGACCUUCAUGGUGGUGGCUCAGCGGCAGAUCGCGCAGCUAGAGCAGCAGGUGCGGCGGCUGCAGAAGUAGCGGAGCCGAAGAGAAGAGCAGGAGAGAGGAGCCGGGCCUUCCACUUUUGUAACUGUCCUGAUGUGGC